UCGGCAGCUACCUUCCCCGACGAUCAACUCCCGCUCGAGCCACAAGUCACCCCCGGCUGGGCCGUCUCCGGCACCAUCCUCACCAUCACAGGCAUCAUCUACGCCCUCGUCGGCGUCAGGGGAAAGCGGUUGCAAACCUUCUUCAGCACCGCCUUCCUGGCAGCCCUCGGAACGACCGUGCUGAUUCUCUACCUCAUGACCCCACCCGUCAGUCACGCCGUCCAGGGCGCCUUCGUAAUCGCCGCGGUCUGCACGGGAGCCGCCCUCGGCGGCCUGGCCCUCCUUUUCCGAGACCUCACCGAGUGUCUGGGCUGCGCCCUCGGCGGCUUCUGCCUGAGCAUGUGGCUGCUGACGCUCCGUCCCGGCGGACUCGUGGGCCCAGAUCAAUCUACUGGUGGGAAGAUCGUCUUCAUCGCGGCUUUUACUUGUGCGGGGCUGUGCCUGUACUUCAGCCGUUGGACAAGGACGCACGGCCUCGUGGCGGGUAUUUCGUUUGCCGGGUCGACGGCGGCUAUUUUGGGAAUCGACUGCUUCAGCCGCGCCGGGCUCAGGGAGUUUUGGGCGUAUAUCUGGGCGGUGAAUGGGGCGUUGUUUCCUGAGGGGGUUGAUUCGUACCCGCUCACCCGCGGCAUCCGCGUCGAGCUCGCG